AUGGGCGACGCACCAUCUCAUCUCGAUGAGAUCGUUAAAAAGCAAAACUACGAGAAGCUCAAGGAAGAGCUGUUGAAGAAGAAAGGGUCACUUUUCAAGGACGACGCCUUUCCGCACGAGAAACAGGGCGAGUACUUCAGCGAGGGACGACUGGCCGGAAAGGAGGUCAAGUGGCUUCGACCGCACGACAUCUGCAAGGAGCCGCACUUUAUUGAGGGCGGUGCCACGCGCUUCGACGUCGCACAGGGCAAACUGAGCGACUGCUGGUUCAUAGCGGCCGUCUCCACAAUAACUUCCCGAAAGAGCCUUUUCGCAAAGAUCGUCCCAGCGCAGUCGUUCGCUAAGGAGGACUACGCCGGCAUCUUUCGCUUCUGCUUCUAUUUCUACGGAGAAUGGCUGACCCUGGUCAUCGACGACUUCCUGCCCACCGUGGACGGCGCCCUCGUGCUCGGCCACUCCGCCUCAAAAAACGAGUUCUGGCUGGCGUUGUUGGAGAAAGCGUACGCCAAACUGAACGGCGGUUUUGAGGCACUGAACUUCGGCAACGCCUGCGAGGCCUUCGUCGACUUCACCGGCGGCGUCGCCGAGAUCUUCGCCUUUGAAACGGGCAAAGACGUUCCCACCGAUCUCUUCGCCAUUCUCUACCGGUACUACCUGCGCAACUCGCUCGUCUGCACGUACAUCAGUCGGAAGGAGGGAAAGGUUGAGGACGAGCUGACGAAUGGCCUCAUUUUAAAGCACGAGUACGCCCUCACAGGAAUGUGCCGCCUCUGGUACAAGGGCAAAGUGGUCCGCCUGCUUCGCCUUCGAAAUCCCUGGGGCCGGUGCGAGUGGAACGGCCCCUGGUCGGACGGCUCCCCAGAGUGGAAAUCCAUCUCUGCUGAGGUGAAGGAGAAGAUUGGCUUGAAGAAGUUCGACGACGGCGAGUUCUGGAUGCCCUACCCGCACUUCAUUGAGUACUUCAACGUUUUCGAGUGCUGUCACGUGGUGAACGCCGGCCCGGGCGUCAGCUCCUCGGAGACCUAUCUGUGGAACUACUACGAGCAGACGGGCGAGUGGAAACAGGGCGUGUCUGCGGGCGGCUGUGCCACACACCUCGACACUACCUUCACCCUCAAUCCAAUGUACGUGCUGACCAUCGCAGAGGCGGACGUGGAGGAUGAGGAGGGUGAGGAGAACAACCUCAACACGGUGGUCAUCUCGCUGAUGCAGAAGUACUUCCGCUACCGAAAGAUGGUCAAGAAGUACACGCCCAUUCGCAUUGGCUUCGCCAUCUACCUGGUGGGCGAACUGUCCGCUGAGGAGCAGAAAAAGGGCGGUUCGCUGGUUCAGGCGAAGAAGGACCAGUUCACGGUGGAGAACUUCUUCAAGACAAAGCACAGCAUCGCCCGGGUGGACUUUGCGGAGAGGCGAGGG